AUGGCUGAUUUAAAAUUAUCCAUGCCAAUUUUAAAACCCAACAGGCAAUUAUCGGGAGCCAUUAAUGAUUUGAUGAUUCAAAAGGGUGAAGAAUGUCGGUAUUAUAAAAUCACACAUCGUUAUGUUGCAUUACCCCUACCGAUGAAUAGUCGACAUAUUCAACAUAAAGAUAUUUUCAAUGGUGCCCGCCCCACACGUCUUAUAACAAAAAUUAUCUCCCAAACCCGUUACAACGGCUCGCAUAUAUUGGCUCCUUAUAAGUGUGCAUUUCCCGAUAUCGCCCGUUUUGCCGUUAGCAUCAAUGAAGCCGAAAUCCCCCCUGUAAUCACAAAUUCAGCAGAGGCUUACAUUAAUUUACGUCAAGUAUUGGAUCGACGUCAUAGUGAGAUGCCAUGUACAUAUGAUGAAUAUGUAAGCGAUAUGGGUAUGAUUGUUACAGAUUUAUCCCCGAAUCGUGACGGUCACUCCCAAGUUUUGCCUAAUUCAACAAGCGGGAAUUUGAGUCUGAAAAUUGAUUUUAACCAAGACACAACCGUAGCACAACAGCUAAUCUGCAUUGGGGAAUUUAGAAACCAAAUGAGUAUUGGGUACGGGUCACAAGCACGUUUAAAAUACGAAGUAUAA